AUGCCCGCCACUCAGAACCCGCCCGCCAAUGCAGUGCCUCCCUGGGGACAUAUGUCUGCUGGAGAAGCUCCAUCCGCUGUCAUCCUGCCUUGGGAGGAUAGGUGGGCCGUUGUGCGGUCAAUAAUGGAUGCGUUGCGGUCUCACUGCUCGGCGCUGGCCCGUCCACAGCGCACCGCCGCCAGCGCGCCCAUCGCUAGACCGGACCGCGUUUCGGCUCUUUUCAAUACCUUGGAGGGGCGCUUGGAGGCGAUUGCCAUUGCUUCUCGGGUAGUAUUCGACGCCGUACACGCACAGCGGCCAGGCAUAGGCUCCUACGACGAUUGCAUCGAAUACAUUGCCGCACCUCGAGCGCUGGUUCUCGGGAAUCUUCCGGCGCGUUCAGAGCUUAUGGAUCGGUUCGAGUGGCGCAACGCGUUCGCCGCAUACGCUGUUCACGGGGUCGAGGGCGCAACUUGCGUCUUGAUGGCUCCUCGUACCGAGAACGACUACUUCUUCGACGAGUCUGGCUGCUGCGUCUACGUGCGAUCCAGUCCCGCGGUGGCGUGGGUGGAGUUUCUGUCGACGCUGUGCUUACGCGCAGAGGAGGACUUAGGCAACGGGUGGGAGCCGCCGAGCAUGGAGGAGGAGGAUCUGCCGGAGGGCUGGCAGUCGGUAGCGGAACAGGCAGAUGCGGAUAGUGAAGAGUCGUCGAGUGAGUCUGACAAGCUGUCGGAGGAAUCCGAGUAG